AUGUUGGAGGUAUUCCUUGAUGUUUAUGAUGAAUUAACUGGUGUUAUAAACAAUGCGUUUAUGGCAAAUUUAGCGGCAAUCGAUAGAGAAUUAUUAGAGGAAUUAUGUGCUUUCCUUAAACUUUUUGAUGAAGCUAUUGAUGAAUUAAGUGAAGAAGAAAAACCAACUAUGCACAAAGUUAUUCCUAUUCGACAGUUAUUACUUAAUUAUUGUGAUUUAAAAUAUGAAGAUAGCGGUGAACGUAUAGAAUUAAAAUGUUUCGUUGGUAAGUAA